AAAACGACCAUUUACUAGAAAAUAUAUUUUUGUAGAGUAAUAUAAUGGAUGAUUUCUAUCAAGACCCAUACCAAGUAAACACUCAACCAUCAUCUGAGCCACAGCAGCAACAACAACAGCCAAUAGCAACCCAUUCCGCGAGCGAGGAACCCUUAGAUCAGGAUGAAGCACAACGUAAGAUAUUCAUCGGUGGUUUGAAUUGGGAUACGGACGAAGAUUCGUUGAGGAAUUAUUUCAGUAAAUUUGGAAACGUCGUACAAUUGAAUAUAAUGAGAGAUCCUAACACUAACAGAUCUAGAGGUUUUGGUUUCCUCACUUUCGAUAAUUUGCAAAGCGUACAAGACGUUAUGAUUAGAGACCAUUGGCUAGAUGGUAAAUUAAUUGAUCCAAAGAGGAACAUGUAUAGACAUGAAAAUUUUAAGCAUAAGAAAAUUUUCGUUGGCGGUAUACCUUUAACUAUGCCUGUCGAGCAAGUAGUUGAAAACUUUGAGAGCGUUUUCGGUCAAGUCACAGAUGCCAACUUAAUGUAUGAUAAAGAAACAGGUAGAUCGAGAGGUUUCGGAUUUUUGACUUUUGAAACUGAACAGCAAGCCGAGGAUGCUGUUAAGGAGGGUAGAUUCGAUUUGGAAGGUAAAUCAGUUGAAGUUAAGCGCGUUCAAACGAGGAACGAACGUAGUGGUACACAAGAAAAAGGAUUUCAGACUUCUAUGUUUGGUGGACCAACGAAUAAUCCAUUCAAUCCACAAGCUAUGGCCGCGAUGUAUCAAAGAAUGGGAUGGAAUGCUUUCGGUGGUAUGGGUAUGAUGAAUCCAAUGAUGAUGGGCGGCAUGGGUGGUAUGGGUGGAAUGAUGAAUCCAAUGAUGCAAAUGAUGCAACAGCAACAACCAACUGGCGCAGAAGGAGGUGAGGACGAGUCUGCUUAUGGAAGCUACGGUGGACCGCUCCAACCCGGACUGGGUCAGGUACCACGACACAACGUGAACACCCCAAAGACAACAGCAGGACCACAGAGAAGCCAGCAACGUCAUCAAAGCAACUAUAAGCCAUAUUAAUUAAAAAAAUAAAUGAAAAUUGUAUGAUAUUUUUAUGCACUCUUGAUUC